AUGGGAGGUAGAAAAUAAGGAAAAUGGAUAGAAUUAGAGUAAAACUCAAUUAUAUUUGAUCAAUAAAAAUAAAUAUAUAGCUUUAUUUGUUCUGAAGGAAUAUAUGCUGAUGGAGUGAAAGAGGGAAAUUGGGAGUCAACAUUAUAUGAAUAAUAUGAACAUCAAGUUCAUACUCAUCUUGUUUCAAAGGGUGAAUAUAAGGAAGGCAGGAAAACAGGAAAUUGGACAGAACCAAUUGGAUAUUCAUCAAAAGCAGCUAUGUUAACAAUCAUUAAAGGAAAUUAUAAAAAUAACCAAAAAAAUGGACACUGGUCAUUGGAAGAUGGAUAAAAGGAUUUAUAUCCAGAUGAAGAUUAUGAUCAUGAGGGAAAUUAUGAUGAAGAUAAGAAAAUUAACAACUGGAGGGAAAUUAGAAUUUAUUAGAACUUUCAUGUUGAUUCCAUAAUACGUAUCUAAGAUGAAGGCCAGUAUAACAAUUAUGGCCAGAGGGAUGAGGAAUGGACUUCUUCAUCAUCUGGACACAGUGGAAAAUGCUGUUAUUAAAAUGGAGUACUAAAUGGAGAAGCAGAAUUAUAUGAUUGCAUUGGAAACUUUAAGAUCGUUUUAACUCGAUCAAAAGGAGAAUUCAAUAAUGGAAAGAAAAAUGGGAGAUGGAAAACAUCAAUUAAUAUUGAUGAAAAAUGGAUAUUAUAUGAAGUUGGUGAAUAUGAUAAUGAUAUUAAGGUAGGAUUAUGGCGAGAAAGCUAGUAUUUUGAUCAAUACAUUUUAGAAUAGACUGAAAAAGAUUAAGGACAAAUUUUACUAAUUAAAGAAGGUCAUUAUGGAGAGGGUGGAAAAAAGAAAGAUGAAUGGACUUGGAGAUUCAAAUGUCUAUCUGGAGAUUACAAUGAAAAUUAAAUCUUUAAUAUAAUAGGUAGAGAAGUACACUCUGAAAAUCAAAUAAAAGGAAAUAUGAUAUUAUUUGAGAAAACAUUUGGUAGGUAUUAUGCCAGAUUUUACUUUUGUGAUAUAUUUGAUGGCCAAAUUUUAAAUGGGUUUAGAAAUGGAGAAUGGAAAUUCUCAGUAAUAUAAGACCUUAUUUAAAAAGAAAUCAACUCAAAAGAUACUGACUCUGAAAAUGAAUAAGAAUAAAAUAAUGAUGAUGAAGAACAUAAUAGUAAUAAUGAAGAAGAAUAAGAAGAACAUAAUGAUAAUAAUGAAGAAUAAGAAGAAAAUAAUAAUGAUAAUGAAGAAUAAGAAGAAAAUAAUAAUGAUGAAGAAAAUGAAAUCGAAUAAUAAAAUUCUGGAGAAGAAGGUGAUAAUUAAGAAGAUCCAGGAAGUUAAGUAUUUCAAAUUUAUUAAAAUGGAAUAGUUAUACCUCCUUGA